AUGACGGAGCCAGUAGAUCCUCCCACGCCAUCGCCUCCAAGAGCAAGGCAUUCUCGACGCAAAGGUCAGACUCGAUUCGAGAAGGAAGCUGCAGCGACAGGCGGUAAAGCAGCGGCGGAUCAACCUGGAGAUCCAAAAGUUAUUGGCCCGUGGCGGAUCGGCCGAACAAUAGGCAAAGGCGCCAGCGGUCGAGUGAAGAUCGCCAAGCAUUCAAGAACGGGCCAGUAUGCCGCCAUUAAGAUUGUUCCGAAGCAUGCGCUCUUAUUCUCUUCACGCAUGUCGAUCGCGGACGCUGGCAACAAGCACGACAAGGCUGUCUUGGGCAUCGAGCGGGAAAUUGUAAUUAUGAAACUCAUCGACCACCCCAACGUCAUGGCCUUGUACGACGUAUGGGAGACGGCAAAAGAGCUGUACCUGGUGCUCGAGUAUGUGGAAGGGGGCGAAUUAUUCGACUACCUCGUUUCCCAGGGCAGAUUACCACCGGACGAGGCGUCUCGCUACUUUCAGCAGAUCAUCGCGGGUGUCGACUAUUGUCAUCGAUUCAAUAUCUGUCAUCGGGAUCUCAAGCCGGAGAACCUGCUUUUAGACCGCGAGAGAAACAUCAAGAUUGCAGAUUUCGGCAUGGCAGCACUUGAGCCCAGCGACAAGCUGCUCGAAACUUCAUGUGGCAGUCCGCAUUAUGCCAGUCCAGAGAUCGUAGCGGGGAUGUCCUAUCAUGGAGCUGCGAGCGACAUCUGGUCAUGCGGAGUCAUCCUCUUUGCCUUGUUGACUGGACGACUCCCUUUCGACGACGAGAAUAUUCGUCUGCUCCUUCAAAAAGUCAAGAAUGGCAAAUUCGUCAUGCCUAGUGAAUUGCCGCCUGACGCUAAAGAUCUCAUCACUCGCAUGUUGGUCGUUGACCCAGAGAAACGUAUCACGAUGGCCGAGAUUAGCUCCCAUCCCUUUUGUCAACGUAAACAGGAUACCGAUUCGGGUCGUAGACUCCGAGUCGUCGAUCCGCCUCGCUUGGAACAGAUUGCUCGACCCGUCAAGUCUGAUAAGGAAAUCGACCGGGACAUCUUGAGAAAUCUCAAAACAUUGUGGUGUGGAUCCUCUGAGCGAGCCAUCGUCAAAGCUUUGUUGACUCCUGAGUGGGUUCUGGCGCAUUUAUCUUAG